AUGGCAUUAAGAGUUUUAAUUUUGUUAUUUGUUUGGCUUUCACAUUUGCAUACUGUAAUAGCUUUAUGGAAUCUUUCGGCUAUGCCAUGGUACUGUAAUCAACAUUGCUACAGUAGGAUAAGUAAGCCUAAAAUUAGCAGUACCAAUUGUUUGGAACGGAAUGCUACUACCGAGCAUAUUUUCAAAAUGUUUAAUAUUGAUAUUAAUAAAUCAAUUUGCUACAAAGAUUCAAAAUUUCGACAAAAUGUUUGCUUGAAAUUAGUAAAAGGGAAAUAUUUCAUUGGUACGUGUAACGUGCACGUCAUUGAUUAUCGAAUAAGCUGUAGGAGAUCAAAUGAUCGAAUGUCUUGGUAUCGUGGAAUGCAAUCUGUUUCAUUUUCUGGAAAAAGUUGUUUACGUUGGGAUGAAGUAAAUUCAACGUUUCAAUCGACUGAUUUCAGUAAUUAUCUUGGUCCAUCCAUAAGAUAUGCAUCAACUCGAAUACAUUCAUUGGAAAAUUAUUGUCGUAAUCCGGAUGAUUGGUAUAUGGGACCAUGGUGUUUUAUAAUGGAUGAAUCACGAAUUCGACGUGAAGCAUGUUUUAAGCAAUGUGAAGCAUAUAAUCAACCAGAAUUUUGCCUUGCAAAAAUGUUUUUUCCAUAUAUGUUACCAACAAUGUCAUUGUUUAAUGGUGCACCAAUUGUUGAAACAAAGAGUGAAUCGAUCAAAGAUUUAAGUGAUAUCAUUGAUGUGCUAAGUGUCGUACGUAUUAAUUCACUAAUUAGACCAAUGUUCAUUCCAACUUACUUUAAUGAUUACAUUCGAAAUUAUCCGGCUGAUAUUUCCACACGUUUACGUUGCUAUCAAACAGGACCACAAACACGUAUCGCUGGUCCGUGGACAUAUUCCGAUGCUGAUGAACCAUUUCCGGAACGAAGAUACUGGCUAUCUGAUUUAUUCAAAGAUGUCGGUGUCGAUCAAAUGGAUCGUGAACGGACGUUCCGUGGUGAUGGCGGACCACGUUUCACACGUUGGAGGCCUUGUUUUUUAGCAUGUGAAGAUAACAAUAUACCGUGUUGGCCGCUUGCGCAAACAAGCCCUACACGUAAACGCUUUCCAUAUUAUGGACCACGUGAUCACAAUGCGCAGGGUGAAAGUUGCGUGUCGCCUUUUUUUGCUUAUGAAAUUCUCUUACAUCUGGAAAAAACAACAGAACUAAAAGAAAAUGAAACGAUAUAUUUGAAAAUAUUACGUGAUGAAGUAUUAUAUGAUAGAAGCAAUAAGCCCAGAAUACGAAAUAUUUUUGCACAUUCAAAAGGUCGCUUAAUGGUUAGUAAUCGUUGUUUUACUCUUGGUGAUUUCCUGCAUAGUAUGGAUAAGACAGCUCGUAUCGAAAUGGCAAUACAAUAUUCACUUUAUUAUCAUAUAUUUAAAAUUGGUGCUGGUUGUUUUAUUGAGGUUGAAUAUCGAAAAAAGGUAGAGUAUCAAGCAUGCUUUAUUGAUUGUCGAUGUAAUCGAUCAUUAAAUGAACCGGUGAUCUUUGAAGAAAAUCAUUGUGGUUUGGAAGGAAAAUGUAGUGGAAGUAAAAUUGUUGAAGAAAAUGAUGAUUACAAUGAGCAUAUAGAUGUUUUUAAAAAUAUCACUGAAAUUGAUCAAAUAAAACCUUCAAAUAAUAUAAUGAUUGCUUCAUUAUUACUAUUAGGCAUUACUUUAUUAUCUUCCGUUUCCGGUUAG